AUGGCGUUGGCCACUAAAAGAUCUGUGCUUAAAUCGUCGAUAAUAAAGAUUUCUAAGAUCGCUAACGAAGUACCAGAUGGCGCUGAUGUAUUUGAGCUUGAAAGCGCGUUUGACAGGUUAAACGAGUUGUUUACAAAAUUCGAAGACGUUCACAUGUCGAUAUUAGAAAUAACUGGAAAGGAAAAUUUAGAUUUCGAAAUUAUCGAAUACUCAGACACUGAGGCAUUGGUGCUCGCUUCGAAAGCAAAGCUGAAACGAGCAAUUAAGGCACUUCAACCUCAACAAGAGCCGCAACUUCCACCGCAAGGAGACAAUUUAAAUCAAAACAGAAAUGAUUUUUCUGGUCUAAGAGUUCCACGCAUGGAAGUACCUGAAUUUACCGGAAGUUAUUUGGAGUGGCCGUCAUUUCGAGAUUUAUUCUUAUCGCUGGUUGGUAAUAAUCCUAAAGUACCGAACGUUCAGAAGUUAUCGUACUUAAAGACGAUUGUUGUCGGUGAGACUUCGAAGUUGAUAAAGAACAUCAAAAUAACGAACGACAAUUACCAAGCCGCAUGGGAUCUUCUAGAAGGUCGCUUCGAAAACGACAGAUUAGUAGUUCAUGAGCUUCUGGAGAACAUUUAUUCAAUUCCGAACGCUACUGGUAGCGCCGAUGGCAUCAAGUUGAUUUUAGAUACAACAAUGGAAUCGAUCCGUGAGUUAAAUAAUUUGAAUCGUCCGACGGCCGAAUACAGCGAUUGGCUGGUGUUCCUCAUUGUGAAAAAGUUGGAUUCUUUAUCCUUGGAAAAGUGGAACGAGCUAAUAGGCGAUGAACGAGCGGUAAUUGAGUGGACAAAAUUAGAAGAAUUUUUGAAUACUCGCUUCAGGAUACUAGAAGGAGGUGAACCAGACUCAAAACGAACACCAUCCCAUCAGAAUUUAGCAAGGACAUCGUGUCACGUAUCAGAGAGUCACGCGAAGAGAGAAUCAACGGUUAAAAAAGCGAAUCAUUCCUCGACUCAAGCAUUGGAAUCAUCGUCAAGUUCAUCAUCAUCAGCAUCGAUUGCAAACCAUCUCGUGGAUCACAUCAUUGACACAAACAAAGACAUUUUACUGGCGACAGCUGUCAUUGUUGUUAAUCUUGGUUCCGGAAAAAAGGUAUUUUUGAAAGCUUUACUUGAUCAAGGUUCACAAAUGUCCUUGAUAUCAACGUUCGCUGCAAAGAGACUUAAGUUACAAGCAGAGGUGUAUCAAGGAAUUCCAUUGACUGCGGCAGGCGGUGAAAAAAUUGAAACAAGACGAGGAAUCGCUGAAUUUAGUUUUGGCUCAAGGAUCAACGAUUCGCAAUUUCAGACAACAGCGCUGCUAGUAGACACUGUUACUCGAUAUCAGCAUUCAAAUUACGGCGCUUUUCCCGAAGCUUGCAGGCUUUUCCCAAAAAUCGAAUUGGCCGAUCCCGAGUAUGAAGAUUCGAGUAGAAUUGAUGUUUUAUUGGCUGGAGAUGUGUACAGUCAAGUUGUGUUGGACGGUGUGAAAAAAUUCUGUGGCAUUUUGGUACAAAAUACGAGUUUGGGCUGGAUUUUGUCUGGUCAGUACAACGCAGAGAAUCGCUUGAUGCCAAGCAUCAAUAUUCAUCAAAUGAGUUUUCCUUUGGAGCAAUUACUACGCUCAUUUUGGGAAAUUGAAGAGAUUCAACCCGAUGAAAGGAGUUUAAUGUCGGUUGACGAAUUGGCCUGUGAAAAAUUUUAUGAAGAGUCGCAUCACCGAAAAAGCACUGGUCGUUAUGUUGUUCGGCUGCCAUUCAAGUUGGUCAAAGAAAGCAAAGAACUGGGUUACUCAAGAGGACUAGCAGUUUCCAGUCAAAUUCGUAUGGAGAAUCGUUUCGAGAAAAAUCCAGUGCUGAAAGAGAAAUAUCACAAGUUUAUGGAUGAGUCAGUCAGAUUGGGACACAUGGAGUUGGUAUCAGAAACCGAUUUACAAAAGUCAACAAGCGAGUGUUUUUACAUGCCUCAUCACGCAGUGCUACGCGAAAGUUCAACGACCUCUCUACGAGUGGUGUUCAAUGCGUCUCAAAAGUCGUCCACUGGUGUAUCGCUUAAUGAAUUGUUGCACACUGGUCCCAAAUUGCAGUCUAAUUUAUUCGAUAUUCUUGUCCGUUACAGAAAGCAUAAAGUUUGUUACAUGGCCGACGUAGAGAAAAUGUAUCGCCGAAUCUUUGUGCAUAAGAAGGACAGGGAUUAUCAGCGCAUUGUAUGGCGUAAAGAUGUCAAUCAGCCACUAAAAACUUAUCGUAUGCGUGUCGUAACAGAUGGUAUGUCAUCAUCGCCGUUUUUGGCAAUUCGAACAGUUCGACAACUGGCGGAAGACGAAAAAGAGAACUUUCCGUUAGCGUAUGAGCCGAUAAUGACGGAUUUAUUCAUGGACGAUUUGGUAUCCGGUAGCAAGGAUAUUUCAUCUGGUAUAAAGCAAAUUCGAGACAUAAACAACAUCUUUAAGUCUGGUGGUAUGCAUAUGAGGAAAUGGUCGUCGAAUUUCGAUGAUGUUUUGACAGAAAUAUCGCCUGAGGAUCGUCAAAGCUCUCCAAUCGAGUUCAGUCAGGAUGAAAUUGUCAAAGUUCUUGGGAUUCAAUGGUCACCGUCGACAGAUACUUUCGGAUUCAAGGUUCGACUGCCACCAGUCGAGAGUACAACAACAAAGCGUAAAUUUCUGUCACAUGCUAGCAAACUGUUUGAUCCGUUGGGAUUUAUGGCACCUUGUACCGUAAUCCCUAAAAUAUUGUUUCAGAGACUUUGGGAAACAAAGCUGAAAUGGGAUGACUUGCUUCCAGAUGACAUAAGAAAGCGUUGGGUCAAAUUUCAUGGCGAACUACCACUGUUGGAGUCAAUCCAAAUCCCUCGAUUUUUUGGAUUAUCGGAUGACAUUGGAUCUGGUGCAUUUGAGCUUCAUGGGUUUUCCGAUGCGUCAGGUCUCGCCUAUUCUGGUGUCGUUUAUACACGAGUUCAGCAUCCAGAUGGUACAAUACAGGUGCAAUUGUUGGCUGCAAAAACGAAGGUGGCUCCGGUGAAAAGAAUCACGAUUCAUUGUGGAGAACUCUGUGGCGCACUAUUGGUGAGUCGUUUGUUAAAGAAAGUUUUGCUUUCGUUAAAGGUUGCCGAUGUUUCGGUUUAUGGAUGGACUGACUCUGAAGUUGUCUUGGGUUGGUUAAAGAAAAGUCCUGGAACUUGGCAGCAGUUUGUCGGUAACAGAACGGCUCAAAUAUUGGAUAUCGUACCAUUCCACCAAUGGGGAUACGUUGAAUCGAGUCAAAAUCCUGCUGACUGUGCGUCGAGAGGUAUUAUGCCAAGUCAAUUGGUGUCGCAUCCGUUGUGGUGGAAAGGACCAAGUUGGCUUAGUGAAGCCAAGUCUCAAUGGCCAUCCACAGUUAACCCACUGCAAUUGUCAACUACUGAUAUCAUGAAGAAGAAGUCAAUCAUGAAUUUGGUUGCAGUAGAUCCGAGAAAUCAAUUAUUGGAACGAUAUUCAUCAUUGCGACGACUUGUGCGUAUAACAGCGUGGUGUAUGCGAUUCGUUACGAACAUACGACAAAGGAUUUCCGACAGAUCUGGAGGGUGUCAAUCAUCAGCGCAGCCAGUCUGGGGGCUGCGGAAACAAAACCUGCAUCAUGGGGGACUGAGGAAAUGCAUGUCCAGACACCCGAACACAGAUCUGAAUUCGGUUCAAUUCCUAACUGCUGUUGAGUUGCGAAAUGCACUCAAGAUUUGGAUCCGAGUGGUUCAAGAAUCUGCUUUUGGUGCAGAAUUGAAGAGAUUACGAGCAAACAAGCCCGUUCGCCGUGGGAAGCUAAGGAAGUUAAAUCCAAAAUACGAUCAUCAAGAAGGUGUCAUCAGAGUCGGAGGCCGCUUAACAAAUGCUCACAUUUCAUACGACCAAAAGUUCCCGAUUGUUUUGCCGAAUGAUGGUUCUUUGACUCAGUUACUUAUUGCCGACGCUCAUAUCCAUACAUUGCAUGGUAACGUUCAGCUGAUGUUACAAUAUUUGAGGCAACAUUACUGGAUUUUUGAUUCGCGACGAAUCGUUCGGUCAUUUAUUAAGAAUCGAUGCAAAACGUGUCUGAAGUGGUCAAGCACGAAGCAAAAACAACAAAUGGCUCCAUUUCCGCGUCCGAGAGUUCAAGCGUCGAUAUCUUUCACUUUUACUGGAGUGGAUUUCGCUGGUCCCGUUUACAUUAAAGACAAGGGACGUGGAAAGAAUCAAUCGUUGUCGAAGGGCUACAUAGCUGUGUUCAUUUGCUUAUCUACGAAAGCCAUCCAUUUGGAAGCUGCUGAAGAUUUGUCAACUCGCGAGUUUAUAGAAACGUACAAGCGGUUUGUUAGUCGUCGGGGGAAGCCUUCGAAAAUGCACAGCGACCAUGGUUCCAAUUUUGUUGGUUGUACAACUGAGUUAACGAAGGCACAAGAAAGAGCAAUGCGUCAACAGAUGGGAGAAAUAGCCGCGUUACUGGCUGAUGAUGGAAUUGAAUGGGAAUUCAAUCCUCCAACGGCAAGUCAUUUCGGAGGAAUUUGGGAAGCAGCAGUGAAAUCAAUGAAGUUCCACCUCAAACGGAUUGUUGGAUCAGCACAUCUUACGUUUAAGGAGCUAACAACGCUUUUAUGUCAAAUCGAGUGUGCGUUGAAUUCGAGACCAAUAUGCAGCUUGACCGAUGAUGUAGACGAUUUGAAUUUCUUGACGCCAGGACAUUUUACCAUGGGGAGGAACCCAACCACUUUGCCUGAAGAAUCUUUUAUCGAUAUCAACGAGAAUCGCUUAACCAAAUGGCAACGGCUUCAGCAAAUGUAUCAGAACUUUUGGAGCAGCUGGUCGAAGGAAUAUUUGUCGAAUUUGAGCGAUCGUUCGAAAUGGUUCGAUACCGAAGACAAUUUGAAGAUUGGCGAGCUGGUUAUUUUGAAGGAGGACGAUUUACCACCAACUAAAUGGCUCAUGGGUCGUGUUAUCGAGGUGCAUCCAGGAGGCGACAAUUUGGUUCGGGCGGUUACAGUUCGCUUGAAAUGCAAACAUCAUACUCUAACUAGACCGAUUCAUAAGCUCUGCAGGUUGCCGUUUUUGCGCUCCGAUGAAUUGGAUGUCGGACUUUAG